AUGUGCGUGUUCCGGCCGCCACUCGACGCAGCGCAACUUCCAGACGAUAUUGCUGUCGUUUCGCGGGCAGAGCUCCAGGAGGUUGCGCGGCUUGGCCCAAAUGUCGACAUGGUGGUAAAGCCCCGGUCAAAGAGGCCGCAGGAAAAGUUUGUCUUUAAAUACUUUUUUCUCUUUCAGCACCUGGAUUUCAACUGGCACGAGAUGGGCAUCUGGUGCCGCGUGAAGCAUCCAAGCAUUGUGCCUUUUGAUAGCGUCGUUGUCGAUGAGCUCGAGGGUCAUUGCGUCGGCUUCACAUCAAGAUACAUCCCCGGCGGCACCCUUGAAGAGAAUCCCGCACGGCUUUUCAAGUUGAAAUGGCUGCGCCAGCUGAUGGAUGUUGUAGACGAGCUGAACCUCGUUCUUGGCGUCGCGCAUCAAGAUGUGGCGCCGAGAAACAUGCUCGUCGACGAGUCGACGGACACUCUGAUGCUCUUUGACUUUGACUUUGCCGCUCGCAUAGGAGAACAGCAGGGGUACUCGGAGCCUCGCAACGACGUCAAGGGCGUCGUCUUCAGCCUGUAUGAGAUUAUCACGCGGGACUCGGCGAGACGCGGCAAGCGGCAUGAGGAUCAGGAUGUGGAGGCGGUUGAGCAAAUGGCGUGGACGAAGCACCCGGACGUGCAGCUAGAUCAUCCAGUCUCUGAAUUUCGCAGAGUGCUCGGUGAGUGGUGCGAGAGGCGUCGAAAGGGGACAUCCGAGGAGGUUAUCGGCACAGGAACUACCAACUUUCUUGAAUGGCCGACGGUGCCUGAGCCGCCAGUCACGGUGCAGGGCGGCCUUGACCCCGAACCGACCACGGAGCUCCGGAGACAAUACUUUUGGAGAAGAAGGGAUUUGGUAGGAGAGGGCAAGACUGUACUGAAUUGGCAGAGGCCACCUCAAAAGUGGCCGGAUGAGGACGGUGCUGUUCAUAUAUAG